AUGGCUAUUUCUACAUUAGAACAUUAUCUUUCAUAUCAUAUUAGAUUACUGACUCCUCAUAUACUUUCUACGAGAGUUUCUGUUAAAUUAGCAUAUAUUUUUGCAUUGAUUUCAGCUGUAACAGCAGGAUUUGUAUCAUUAAUAUCAUUAUAUACUCAACCAUGGCAAGAAAGAUUGCAUUAUACGUCAUUACAAAUAAAUACUAUCGCUAGUAUGACAACUUUAGGGAUGUAUCUAACGCCGCCAGUAUUGGGAUUUGUAGCAGAUUUACAUGGUCCAAUUACUCUAAAUUUUUUUGCAAUUCUAGGUUUCAUACCUUGUUAUUCUUAUUUAUCAUAUAACUUUAAUUCUGCAAACUCUUCAGAUAGUUUCCAUAAGACUUUGGUUUGUUUUGUAUUGAUUGGAGUCGCAACAAGUGCAUCAUAUUUUAGUGCUUUAUUGACAUGCGCAAAAUUAUAUCCAAAGAAGAAAUUAUUAUCAAUUAGUUUGCCUACUACAUGCUGUGGGUUAUCUUCGCUAUUGGGUUCGCAAUUACUGUCGAUAAAGUGGUUUUGGUACAAAAACCAUGAAUAUCUAGACUUAUCAAAAGUUUUCAAAUUUUUCAGCAUUAUUUAUUUUAUAGUAGGCAUUUUAGCAUGGUUUGCAACAGGCAUAAUUACAAUACUACAUCAUCAUGUAGAGCAUGAAGAAGAAGAGGCACAACCACUUCUAUCUGCGGUUACCUCGAAUCAAUCGCAAGAGAUAACAAAGAUGAGCCAAAAGCAAUUUUUUAAAGAUCCAGUAACUUAUAUUUUAGGGAUAUCAAUGUUAUUAUCAUUGGGCCCAUCGGAAAUGUUUGUAGCCAACAUGUCAUCAUUAUCGAAUCUAUUGACUAAAAAUGUGAAUACCAAAAUGUUAUCUAGUCAAUUACUAUCAGUAUAUUCUGCAUUUUCUACAUUUACAAGAUUAGGAACAGGUAUUUUGACAGAUUAUUUUGUGGAAAGAAAAAUAUCACCAAAAUGGAUUCUUUUGUCAAUGUUACUCGCCAGUAUUUGUUCUCAGUUAUUUAUCAAAGUGCUAACGCUACAAUCUAACUCUACAGCAACUCCCAACCUUAUUCUUCUAAUGGGAUCAUUGUCAGGUUUCGCCUACGGUGGUUUGUUCACUAUAUACCCAACGAUCAUAUUAAUUGUGUAUGGAGAAGAACUAUUCGGAACAGCAUAUGGAACAAUGUUAGUGGCGCCAGCAUUAGGUUCCACGAUGGCGUGUUUGCUAUAUGCUAGCACAUAUGAUACGCAUUGCAAUAACAAUUCAUCUACAUCGUCAUGCAUUACGCCAGUAUAUCAAUCUACUACAAUUUCAUUGGCACUUUCAUUAAUAGUGACACUUAUCCUUCUUCGAGCUUGGAAAAGACGUAAAGUGCAACUGUGA